GAGAGAGAGAGAGAGAGUCUCACCAACACACACACACUCUACCGUCACAUAAGCUCGUGGUGCCGUUGGCCGUGAUUCCCCGUCACUGUAGGAGAGAGAGAGAGAGACGUCUAAAACUGUGAUAGUAUCCGAAGUGAUCAAGCCUUAGAAGCCUUCCCUUCGUCACCUUCGCCUACGGGAAUCUGCGUAGACUUGGAAAAAAAAAAAAAAGGCAACCGACCGCCGAGAUGGAGGACAACGUUUCUUUCGAGGAUGAGGUCAACACGAUACCAAGAACCCACAAUUUCGUCAGUCCAUCGUCCACUGCAACAGCUGUUUCGCUCUACGACAACAACAAUUCUCAUAACUCCGACAACAACAACAGUCACUACAACAGCAAUCUAAACUCAGCAUCCGGGACCAGCCAAGAGCAAUCGCCGGUGAGCAACGAGCGAUACAGGAGCCACGAAAAGGCAACAGUUGCUGCUGCCAGCGUGUUUUUCAAGGGUUCCUCCAGCAGGCGAGACAGAGAGACGUCCUUAUGGCUGACGCGGAGCGUGACUCAGCCCAACCUUUGUUCCAGAGAGGAUGCUAUGUCCUUGGCUGCUGCCUCAGCCGCUGUUGCUACUAUUCCGUCCGCAAGCACGCAGAGCGCAGAGAGCGUCCUGCGUCUACCCAAUAGAUACGGCUGCUCCCAGGUGACGACGUCUGACAGCGCCCUGUCCUCGUGCCCCAGCAGUUACGAGGGGAGCCUCUCUGGGGGCACGUCCAGCGAAUUUUUCGACGCCAGGUCGUCGCUGUCCGCCCCGGUGGAGCUGCUGUCUGAGUUCCUGUCAGCACUGAUGUCUCGCGACUACGUAGACGCCCUAAACCUCUGUCAGUCAAUUCUGAAAUACGAGCCACAAAAUGCUACGGCGUUGGAAUUUUAUCCUUUGCUGCUGACCAAAAUCAAACAGGGCAAAGACGACCACCCAUCAACCUCUGAUGACGAUACAAAUGAGGACAGUGAUGAAUUGGACAAUGACGAUGAUGGAGACGAAGAGGAAGAAGAAGAGGAGGAGGAGGAGGAGGAAGUUGUAGUAGUAGUAGUAGGAACAAGCGAUGACGAACAGCAGGAGGAGGAGAAGGAGAAAGAGGAAGACGACAAACACGGGACCAAAACAGAGCCGCAGAAGCAGUUCCAAAGCAACAGCGUCGACGACCAGCACCAGCGAGCUCAGCCUACUACACCAGCAGACGGCGUCGCCAGACAGCCUCCAUCAUCAUUGCAAGGGAUCGACCCCCACCCCUCAUUAUUCCCCUACUACCCGUCCGUCGCCAUGUCGACCUCGAACAGCAUGGACUUUAGCGUCGAGAUCGACUCGGGGAGGGACUCCCUCUUCACGCCCAGCGAUUCCGACCUCAACCUGGAAUCGGGCGAAUCGCUCUACUCGUCGACGGAUUCCAACCUCAACAUGGUUCGGUCGGGGAGCGAUUCGCUGUUCUCGUCCACGGAUACGGGGCUCACUCUGGACGCGGUCAUUCAGUCGCUAGAAAACCUUGGGGUCAAGAGCAAGCAGCGGGCUAUAAAGUAGAGGCCUAAUCUUGAUUUAAUUUACUAUAUAUGUAUUAAAAGGACCCCACAAAAACGCCAAAUUGUAGAAAUUUAAUGCUAUAUAGUUCGGAGAACAACCGUCUCCCUCAACAGUUAAGUCUACCUGUUGAGGGAGAACGUUGUUCUCUGAAAUAUAUGCUAAUAAUUCUCUACAUUUUGGUCUCUUUUUAUUAGAUGGAAUUUUGUUUUAACAGAAA